ACAUUCCUGCAGUCAUGAGGCCGGGCUGAUCUGAGUCACACGCCUAAAGAGGGAGAAACAGAGUGAGAGAGAAGCAGGAAAGAAACUCAUUUGAGUGUGAAAGUAACAUACGCCACAGUCUGUCAGCACCGCGAGAUAUAGACUGAUGCUUUCAAGGCAACUACCGUUUAAGUGGAAAUGUUCCCUAGAAACAACGGUUACAACAGGACAGAGAGAGAGAAACGCAAUCAUCACAGCUUCGUAGACAAGAUGGAUUUCAUCUGAAAUACAGAUGUUAGGCUGUUGACAGGACCAGAGGAAGUGUGCUGCGUAGGCUGUGCUGAGGAGAGUCCCUGUUCAGGAUCUGUUGACCUCUGAAAUGAUGGCGGACAGAAAUGGAGUUUGUCAUGUGAUGGAGAGUGAGGUGGAUGCUCAGAUCAGACAAACCCAAGCUCAGCCACAGGCCAACAACAACAGACCCAACUGGUCAAACGGUCAGUGUGUUGUGUCAGUGCCGAGCUGUUCAUCGUUGAACCCCUCUUUCGAUCUGUCUCUGUGUCGUGCCAAACUGGAGAACGAUGGCUUCCAGAUUCCAAUCUCAGACAUGGAGGCUCCACUGAAGGCAGCUCUGGACGUCCCCUCAGUCAGGAGAUACAUGGUUUUUAACUCGGCUCUCUUCCAUUUCAUAAUGGCACCGCCUCUCCCCUCCUUCCACCAGGUGCUGUAUGUGGUGGUGUGGUGUGCCGUGUUCUCCACCCUCCACCUCUACAUCACCGUCAGUGACUACUGGGUCCUCUGUCUCUCUGUCAGCCUGGUCUCCAUCUUCCUCACCACUGCCAUCAUCUUCAUCCUCCACCACAGUAACAAGGAGAUCAACAUGAAUUUAGACGUUCGGUUAAUCCAGGUGAACGAGAGGAUGGUGAAACACAAGCUGCUGGUUGCCGUGGCCGACUGGGUGCAGAACUGCACCGGAAACAUGCAGGUUGUUCUUCUUAAAUCAGCUGAAACUUUGUACGUUGUAUACUGGGACAUGUCCCGCUGUCUGAGGGCACUGACUGAAACUUUAGAGGAGCACAGCUUUGUGGCGAACGACACCCAGAGAAAACUGAGGAGGAAAAUGUCCCACCUCGUCCUCGUGAGCGAGGUCACGGCUGCUGACCCUGAGGUCAGCGGUUCGGAUGUGGAGCAGGACUUGGACGAACAGAGGCCUCUGCUCGGACACGAGGACACAGGCUGCCGUGCCUCAUCCAGCCAGCGGGAGGACGCCAAAGUCACCACCAACUACAGCCUCAUCCCUGACUUGUCGUUACCUCCUCAGGCUAAAGCCUACCAGCUUCUGAUGACUUACAGUGCAGCCUAUGUGAAGCUGCUGGUGUCUGAGAGGCUGUCAGGACCGUCACACCACCGUCUACGAUCCCGGAGGAAUCACUGCAACACCGCCCCUCUUUGCCUCUGCCAGUACAUCAAAAAGAAGAUCCUCCGAUGACAGAGCCGACCAGUGACAAACUAGAAAAAAAACCUGCUACAUGGAGCUGGUGGUCUGCUUUGCUUCCUGCCCAGACUCUUGAACAGACAAACUGACACGUGUGAGCAUUUCCUCCAGAGCAAAUAUGGAUUACAGACAUUCUGAUACAAUGAAGGACCUGCUUGGAGCUUCGCACUCACGAUUUUCUCUGUUUCAAAGUCUGUUUCUCUGGCCUGUGGGCUACCGUAGCUCUGCCGCUGUUUGCAAUGCCAGCUCUGUGUUUGCACCACCUGGAUAUUUGUCCAUUUGCACCCUGCCAAAUGCUGUCACACUGAGAACACGAGUCCAUCCAGCUGCUGUAAAACAAUAUUUGUACUCUUGUAUACACGACAAUCGAGGCACUAGUACUACUGUUUAAAUUAUUUUCACAUAUAAUAAAUAGAUUCUUGUGAUUUGCAA